AUGUCUUCGCAUGGAUUCACGCCCGGCCGCAUUACUUUCAAAGACAGCCCGUUCUACACGAUCUUGGAGCAGCUUACUCCUACUGUAGAAUGCAAAAUACGCGAGCAAACCAGGGACAAUGUCGAGCUGAAAGUCGUCCUCACCCCAACUGUAGCUUCAAGAUUGCAAGCUGAUCCCAAUCUUCGGGUAAUGGUUUAUUGCGCAGCGGACAGUGGCCUCAAUCAGUACACUAAGUCCGAUAUUGCUUUCCCUCACCAAGUUGAGCUCAAAGCAAAUUUGGACGAGGUCAAGGCUAACCUGAAAGGCCUCAAGAAUAAGCCUGGUACAACGAGGCCCGCGGAUGUGACAAAUUAUAUUCGCAAAAAGCCAGGGUAUCCCAAUCAUAUUGUUAUGACUUAUGCGCUUACGCAAAAGAGAUUUUUCGUUCUUGUGAACCUAGUUCAGCGCCAUCCCGUUGAGGAUCUUGUCUUGGAAUUGAAGAGGAGGAAAACGAUCACAAAAGAGCAAGUAUUACGAGAAAUGAAGAAUAGAGCGGAGGAUUCUGACAUUGUUGCCACCUCCACUGUCAUGUCCUUGAAAUGUCCUCUGUCCACGCUGCGGAUCGAAGUCCCUUGUCGCACUGUCGUCUGCACGCAUAACCAGUGCUUUGAUGCAUCGUCGUUCUUGCAGUUGCAGGAACAAGCGCCUACAUGGUCGUGUCCGGUUUGUUCCAAGGCCACCAGCUAUGAAUCAUUGCAAGUUGAUCAAUAUGUUGAUGAUAUACUCCAUUCCACAUCGCCGGAUGUGGAACAGGUCAUUAUUGAACCGGACGGGAAGUGGUCGAGCCCAAAGGAAGACGAGCUCAAAGGUGCUGGGGGCGUCACUCCGGCGACAGAGGACGAGGACGAGCUGAUCGAGAUCAAAGAACCUGGAAUUGUGCAUGUGAAGCAGGAGUCACUCUCAGCAUCAGGCCUCUCCCUAGAGCGGACACCGGCUCAAUCCCGGGAGCCGUCAGCGACAUCGUCUGCAGCUCGUCUGUCCACUAACAAACGCUCGGCAGCCCAAGUGAUCGAUCUGACUGGUAGUGAUGAUGAUGGCGAUCUUUCCCCAGUCAGACCAGCUAAGCGUCUGGCGUCAAAUGCUCCCCACCGGGCUUAUGCUCGACCAGCAUUUCGUAACUCGUUUAGCAGCGGUCUUGUAAAUGGGGGAAAUUUCUCUUUCACGAACCAGACUAGUUCGGAGUCCCCUAGACAUAUGGGUGGUUUUGAUGCGUAA